AGCCGAUGCCAAACACUUCAACGCAAAAUCGUGUCACACUUCUUCGCAGCAGCCGUCUGAAACCGCCUGAUCAUGUGGCCCGCAGCAGUUCUGGUUGAAGCGCGGACUCCUGCGCUUCGUCACUCCGCCGGAAUGGCGAGGUGUAGGGCCAAUUGGUCCGAGCCCGACGCCGCAGCUGCACUCGCAUGUCUCAUCUUGGACGAGGAGAAGGGGAACCCGCAUCGGCAGCAUCCUCUGCCGCGACCGCUGUACAGUGAUUCGAUUGCUUCAUUUCUGCACUUCGAUGAUCCGGUUCCCAACCAGCUCUACGUCAUAGGCGGGCGCAACAGGGACCAUGGGCCAUUGGACACGGUCGAGAUGUUUGACACGUGGAAUGGUUGCUGGGUGCAGUGCCCCAGCAUGUCUGCGCGACGUGCCGGGUGUGCGGCAGCUGUGCUGCGGGACCAAAGGAUUCUUUGCAUGGGCGGCUACGACGUCAAUGGAAUCGUUCAAGGCCUUCUGGCCACAUGUGAGGCAUUCGACCCCAUACAGGAGGCCUGGGAUGCGAGCGUCGCAGACAUGGAGCGUGCCCGCUGGGGCCACGGCUGCGCCGCCAUGGACGGCCUCGUGUACGUGGUGGGGGGGUGCUCGCUGCAGCCUGGAGCACCUCCGGAGGAGACCUUCAUGGAGACACUGCGGAGCUGCGAAGUCUACGACCCAGGGGCGAACACCUGGCGACCCACCGCCGACCUCCAGUUCGCCAGGGCAGGCUCGAGGGUGGUGGCGAUUGGCACGAAGUACCUGGCGGCGGUCGGCGGCUGCGACGACGUCUUCGGGCGCGCGCAGACGCUCUCCUCCGUGGAGCUGUUCGACAUCACAGCCUGCAGGUGGACACUGCUGGACGUGCACCUGACGACACCGAGGACCACCGCUGCGGUCGCGUCGGUGGAGGGCAGGGGCAUCCUGGUCAUCGGGGGCGCCCCGUCGCUGUCCACGUCGGAGGUGUGCCGUCUACGCGUCCCCGCCGACACAGGAGAAGUGGGCGGUGAGCAGACCAGCGCCCUGGCGGAGCCAGAAGCCACGGGCGCUCUGCCCGCCCUGCACGUGGGAGACAUUUCAGAGGGCCGUAUGGGUUGCCAGGCGGCGGUCCUUCAGCUACCGGCCCCUGGCGCCAACUACCCCCUUUGCAGCAGGACUUGCGUCGUGGUCGUCGGCGGCGAGAACGGCGAGGAGGAGCUGGAGCAGGCAGACGUGCGGCAGUUCGACAGCGUCCUUGUCUACGAUGCGGAGGAGUGCGUGUGGCUGCCAGGGGAGGUCGUCCCGCCGAUGCUGGCGCCCCGCACAGCCAUGGCCGUAUGCGUCGGGUGCGGCUACGUGAGAGGCUACCCCUCCAGGGGGCGUAAGGACGCCUCCGAGCCCGUUGUGACCUCAAGAGGCGGCAGCUAGCUUGGCGGCGCAGCGCGAGCGGCCAGGCCAUCCUGGCCCCGCGCGCGCGGCGCUUGCGGCGCCUUCUUCGUAGAUGCCAUUGCCCCGGCAAACUUCUCGCUCAGUACAGCAGUCGCCAGGCACUGGCGCUUCUUCUCCGAAACAAAAUCCGCAACAGCACCCAGCGCACAGCACUGCGGGUUUUCGAGGCAUCCGCUUUGCGGGGGCACGGACAGACAAACCACUUGCAUCACACAUCUUCCAUCCACCUAUGCCACUGGACGUUCGCAUUUUUGGAAUGGACCUAGAGGGCCGUUCUUGAUUUAACACAUGGAGUUGAUGUGUCAGACGUUACGAGGAAGACACGGCUCGCCUGGCAUGGCAAACGCCAUUCUUGGCAACCACGUAGUUCGCCGCAAUGUUGAUGAAGAGCUUCAGCAUUGCGAUGCGCGUAGGGCGCGCCACACAUCAGUCAUCUGCCUCCGUAUCAUAUGAAUGUUAUCUGCUCCCUUAUGCCUAAGCUGACUGGUACUACAGACAGUCCUCCACGAUUAUAUUGGGAAACAGGCCUCCACGACUGUAUUCUUGCACGCCCUAUCGCGCAGCUUUUUUGUGGCCUGUCGCAGCUUUUGCCCUGCCAGGGUCCAGAGAAAAGGUGAA